AUGCAAGCAUCGGUUCAACACGUCAAAGUGUACGAGAAAAAUAACAUGGGCUACGGUGCCACUGAUGAGGAAGAAUUGGGAAACCCAGAGUAUACCGUAGGAGACAUGGAGCACGUCAAGAGAGGACUAUCAAAGUUGUCACAAUCAACAACACGAAUCAAAGUACCCAAUGCCAUCCUUGGUCCUCGGCAUGGAAGUCCUGGUAGAGAAUUCCGUGAAGAAGAACUUCCCGAGCAAAACAGAGCUGAGGAAUCAAGUUCGAGGGAUGACCGGAUUAGUAUUGAGAUGAAUAUUUGGCCCACACCAUGA